CAUUAUGUGGACACCCCUUAGGAAAUAACUGGAGCCUCCAGUCCCUCUCUCUCGCCUUUCACUCAGCUCGCUUGUGUGUGAAAGAGAGUAAUGGCGACGAUGAUGCAGUGGUGCGGCGCUAUGGCGAGGCGGGUAAUGGCGGCUCAGUCGGCAUCAAUGGCAACAAGAGUUGGGUUAGAGGUGAAGCCGGCGCCGAUCCUGUGCGGGAGAGGGGAUAAGAGAACAAAGAGAGGGAAGAGAUUCAAGGGAUCGUAUGGAAACUCGAGGCCCAAGAAGGACAAGAAGAUUGAACGCAUUAAGGACAAAGUUGAGGUUCCCAGGUCCACCCCUUGGCCUCUCCCCUUCAAGCUUAUCUAAUUUUCAUUGUCCCUUGUGCUAACUAUUUCAUGCUCUCUGUGUCUCUGGUAAUAUGUAGCUUUCUUGUUAUUGUUGGGAUCUGGCUUUAUAGGUUCACUUACCUUGGAAAUACAUGUACAUCUUCUUGAAACUUUCCGGUUUGCUGAAUAAACCGUUAAAUUUCAGUGAUUUUUGUAGCCUUGCAAAUUUCAUGGGAUUUUUCGUUUGUAAUUUUGAAAAUGAUACAAUUUUUUAUCGGUAAGUGAGAAAACCCUUCAAUUA